UAACGUGCAGGUUUCCGGUGUUAUGGCGACCACCGGCAUCACCGCUGCUUCACUCACGAACCUCAGGCUGUGCUUUUAGUGUGUUGGACAGACCGGCGACUGUUUCAUAUGUCUCUGUCCUUCUGACUAUGCUGCUCUUGGUAGCACUGGGCAUCGUGUUUUCGCCUCCCAUGGUCAAGGUUGGGAAGGCUGAAACCACCAACCACAAACCAGCUUCGCCCCUGUUGAACUACAGCAGGAUCUCUCUGCCACCGGAGCACCUACCCUACUUUCUCAGCAACAACAAGAGGGUCGCCAAAUUAUGCCGCCAGGAUCCACUCUGCCCUUUUAAAGAUGCUUUGCAGAAUCCAUCAGUCUGUUGGGGCUAUGAGAAAAACUGUGAUGCAGAGAGACGCUUCAGUUACCCUGUCUGUACCAAGGCUAACUCUGGAUGGGCGCGUUCGCUGGAUGCAGCCCAGGAGCUUUUCUGGAAGCAGGCUGAUUUUGGUUACGUCAAAGAGAGACUCUCUGAACUCAAAACACUCUGCAAGGCCAGGGAGCCGGGGGACUCUUUAUUAAAAUGCAGCAGCCAUGCAAGAUUCUGCAGGGCAACAAAUCUUUACCUGGACUUACGAAACCCACGUAGAAGUCAUGAGAGGUAUGACGAGGACUUUAUUCAUACGGGGGAGAUUGGCGGACACUGCAAACUAAACAAACGAGCCUUGGUUGCUGAAGGAGAUCACAAGAGUCCGUUGCAGUCUUGGUGAGAACAGCCAUUCGUCACACUCAAACUCUCACUAACCUC